CCUUGGCCUGCUCCGGGGCGCCGACUGGAGCGGAGCGGAGCCGAGCCCCGGCGGAUGGCGCGGAUGGCCGAGGAGAUGCUGAGCCUGAUGGAGGUCGGCGGGUCCCUGCUGGAGCGGGUGGCCGUCGGCAAUCCCCUUUCCCUGGUGCUGGCAGCCUCCGCCUUCGCCCUCAGCCUCGGGUACCUGUUCCAGCUGGGGUACCGGCGCCACCUUGGAGCCGACCAGAAGAAAUACCCACCUUUUAUUUCAUCAGGCAUCCCUUUCCUUGGACAUGCAAUUGCAUUUGGAAAAAGUCCCAUUGAAUUUUUGGAAAAUGCUUAUGACAAAUAUGGGCCUGUGUUCAGUUUCACUAUGGUUGGCAAGACGUUCACAUACUUACUGGGUAGUGAUGCUGCUGCUCUACUGUUCAACAGUAAAAAUGAAGAUUUGAAUGCAGAGGAUGUAUACUCCCGGUUAACCACACCAGUUUUUGGAAAAGGAGUUGCUUAUGAUGUGCCUAAUGCGAUAUUUUUGGAACAGAAGAAGAUGCUCAAAACUGGGCUAAACAUUGCCCAGUUUAAACAGCAUGUAUCUGUGAUUGAAAAAGAAACGAAGGAGUAUUUCAAAGCAUGGGGAGAGAGUGGAGAGAAAAACCUGUUUGAAGCCCUUUCAGAACUUAUCAUUUUGACAGCAAGUCAUUGCUUACAUGGGAAAGAAAUCAGAAGCUUGCUGAAUGAGAAGGUGGCUCAGCUGUAUGCCGACCUGGAUGGGGGUUUUACUCAUGCUGCCUGGCUUCUGCCAGGUUGGCUACCUCUGCCAAGCUUCAGACGUCGAGAUCGAGCACACAGAGAAAUAAAGAAUAUUUUCUACAAGGUUAUCCAGAAACGUCGGAAGUCUGAGGAAAAGGAGGACGACAUGCUCCAGACUCUACUUGACGCUUCAUACAAGGACGGCCGCCCGCUGACCGAUGACGAGAUUGCUGGAAUGCUGAUUGGGCUGCUGCUGGCAGGGCAGCACACAUCCUCCACCACCAGUGCCUGGCUUGGCUUCUUCCUCGCCAGAGACAAAUCCAUACAGGAACGGUGCUAUGCAGAACAGAAAGCAGUUUGUGGGGAUGACUUGCCACCCUUAAGUUACGACCAGCUCAAGGAUCUCAGUUUGCUGGAUCGCUGCCUAAAAGAAACUUUAAGGCUCAGACCUCCUAUAAUGACCAUGAUGAGAAUGGCCAGAACUCCCCAGACCAUUGCUGGAUACAGUAUUCCCCCUGGCCAUCAGGUCUGUGUAUCUCCUACUGUUAACCACAGACUCAGAGACUCCUGGAAUGAUGCUCUAGACUUCAAGCCUGACCGAUACCUCCAAGAUAACCCAGCAGCUGGAGAGAAAUUUGCGUACAUUCCAUUUGGCGCUGGCCGUCAUCGCUGCAUUGGAGAAAACUUUGCUUAUGUUCAAAUUAAGACUAUUUGGUCUACUUUGCUUCGUUUGUAUGAAUUUGAUCUCAUCAAUGACUAUUUUCCGACUAUAAAUUAUACUACAAUGAUACACACACCUAAUAACCCCGUUAUCAGAUAUAAGAGGAGGUCACUGUAAAUUCUGGUCCUAAAGCCUUACUUAUUUAAAUUGUGUGAACUAACAGACUUUUGAAUAAAAUUGUGACAGAAUGAGUGGCAAAUGGAAGCUGUUGCAUCUACUGUUAGGAAAGCAAAAGUCAUCUACCAAAUGCAAAAUUUUUGCAUCUGUUUUGUUUGCCCCCACCAUUUACUGCUACUGUGUAUAAUUGCUUGUUCUACAACUUUCUCAUUGUAUUUUUAAAGCAGAAGUGUCUUUUCUAUUGGUGUAACACUUUUAAGAUGCAUGCCAGCUCUUUAAUGAAGAAAUAAAUGAUUUCUACAAGUGGAACCUUUUGAAAAAUAAUUGAAGAUUACUUACCCCAAAUAACUAAGGGGCAAGGCCAAAUACCUUACCUCUGCACUCAUUCACAGUAAAUCCAUCAGGGAACAGGCACCACAGGGGAAUGUACUUGGUGGUGCCCUUCCUUUGGCAUUUAUGAUUCUGUUCCACGCAAGUGAGGGAUGGUCUUGGCUGAUUUAACAAAAUGUUACUGUACAGCUCAGUAGUAGGCAGAGUACAAAAUGAUGACAGUUAUUCUUGAAAAGACUUAAGUCAUUUAACUGUCUAACUUGAAGUAGUGGUAAAAUGCUUAGGUUCAGAAAGCAACAAAUAAUUCUCUACAAAAAAGUUCUGAAAACAGUGAUCUCUGGAAGCUUGAUGUACAGUGUGAAAGUAACAAUAUGAUGAUCUAAACCCAUGAAUUUUGUAAAAAAGAUGUUUGUGUAUAAAAGGGUCACAAAUUAAGUGAAAUAGCUGAAUGUUGUCCAGUUUGGUACUGAUGGACCAAUCAUGCAGGAUUGUUAAGUGGUUUUUGGUUCAAAAGUGGUGAUGAUAAAUGGUAAUAAGCUCUGGCUCCCGUGACUUUUGAAUUAAAUUUAUAAACAAACCUCUUGGGGAAGUUUUCUGUGCCCAACUCUGUCAGUUCUUUUUGAAAAGCAUUUGUAAGUAAUUUUGUAAUAAAGCAACUUCAAUUAGUCAUGCUAA